AACAAUUUUUUUUGUUGAUUUUGAAUUUUUUUUCUUUGAUUUUCGGGAGGAUUUCUUCGUUAUCCUGCAAUCCUUGGCGGUUGUUUUUCUUAGUUGCUUGAUACCCUGAAGAUGAAAUCCUCGAAGCGCAAGAUGUCCAGGCUCCUUAAGUCCACCUCUGUGAAUUCCAAGUCGGUUUCGAUGAUGAACUUGGAAGAGCGAUUCCGGGAGAGCGUAGAGCCGGCGCAGAUAAAUCUACUGCGUGAUCUUAACGAUAAGUUUUUCUCAAGCUCCUACCAGCUGGUGCAAAGUCUUAGCGAACGCUUCCCCUUUCUGGCGGGCAAGGUCAAGUUGUACGUGGACAUCCUCUCCAGACUGCACACGCACUACGCCAGCGAGGUGGAGCAGGGCAGGGCAAUGCAUGAGAAGGUGAGAACGGCGGACGAGAAGCUGCAACUGGCCCUGCGGACCACGGCCAUCUCGGAGGCGAUGAUGGAGCACUUGCGUGAGUCCUUGGAGGACGCCUGGCGGAACGAGGACGCGACCAAGAAUCGGGAGGAGACCAUGCAGCUGCAGCUGAUGUCACUGGUGCGCAGCGAUCAAUCAAAUAUGACAAAAGGCACGACCGAUCAGGUGCCAAUCUCUACCAAGGACCUCCAACUUCAUCGCUUGGUCCUUCGGGAGCGCGAUCGGCUGGCUGCCGAGCUGAAGGACCACCAGAAGCGACUGCAAACUAACCGCCUUUACUCGGAGUCGGUGGAAGUCAUGAUUGAGGUAUACAAGGAGAUUAUCUCCAAGCUCAAUGCGCGGGCGAAGAAAGCCGAGUUGGACAACUUUCGGCUGGAGCACAGAUGUAAUGUGGAGCAGGAUAGGUACGAGGAUCGGCUGCUGCAUCUGAACAAGGAGCUGGUCGCCGUGGUGCAGCAAAACGAGGACCUCCAGGCGGUCGAGAAGGAUUUUGUGGAGCUGGCUGCCACCAACGAAGCACUAAAGCAGCGCAUCGACCGUCUUUCGCGGGAGAACCAUACCCUGACCAAGUCCCUCCGAAUCAUGGAGGAUGAGAAGAACAAGCUGCAAACGAGUCUAAAGGUGUCCGAGGGUCUCAACGAUGCCCAGAGACGGGACAAGCUAGAUCUCGAAUUGGCGCGCCGUGCAGCCGAGCGGGAUGCCAAAAAGAAGGCGGACGACUCGAUGAUCCUGGAGCGACGAUUCCACCUGCUGGCCAAGAAGAACACGGAGCUCAACGAUCAAGUUCUGGUCAAUCAAAAUGAGCUCAAGGUCCAGGAGAAGAAGAUGCUGAUGGCCACCGCCAAGCUGAAUGAGGCCAUCCGCCAAAAGGAGGAAAUAGGUCGUUCGCGGGACAGGCUGAGAGCAGAGAUCAGCCGUUUGAAUGACAUUGUGGCCGGAGUCCGGCACGAAAUCGCGUCUAUUCGCCACCAAAUGCAGGAUUUGCUAAGCGAUCUGCUUCGAGCCAACAAGCAGCUGGACGAGAAGGACCUGCAGGUGCAGAAAAUCGCUCGGGAAAAGAGGGAGCAGAGCCUGGAGCUCAACGAUGCCUACAAGAAGAUCGAUGGGAUCGAGGAGACACUUGCCCUGAAGUCUGAGCGAUUGGAGGUGCUCCAAGUGGAGCUGCAGCAGAAACAGCAGGAAUUCACGAACGUCAAGAAGCAGAUGGAAGUGAUCCAAUCGGAGAAGGUCAUGCUGAUGAAGACGAUGGACAUGUGCUCGAGGGACCGCUCCACGCUGCAGAACACAAUGACCAAGUUGACGCACCAGAUCAACCAGAUGACCAGCUCGCUGGCCAUUAACGAAAAGGAGAUCUCCAGCCUGAAGAACCAGAUUGAGCAGCUGAACCGAACUGUGAAGCAGAAGCAGAACGAGAUUCACGCCAAAAGUCGCCUGUUGGCUAGCACAAAGACGGAUCUUCGCGAGAUGAAGAUCCGGGUGGAACAAGCCGCCCACACCAUCGAUACCGAUGAAAAGCGCUUUAAGCACAUGGCCUGCGCCCUGGACGAGGUCACCAAGGAGAAGAGUCUGGUGGGCUUGCAAAUGGUUAGGAGGAAUGAUGAGGUGCGUCUGCUAAGGGAGAAACUGGAUAUGAUGCAGAAGGCCAUCGAUCGGGGAACCAUGCAGUACAACCAAAGGGUGGAGGACAUCAGGUUGCUCAAACUGGAAGUGGUAAACCUGCGAACUUCGCACGAAUGCAUGCAGCGCGAGGUGGGCAACAAGGCGGCCAUGCGCCAUGAUGUGAUUCGAUUGGAGCGACAGCUCAACCAGGAGAGGCUCAAGGUAUCCGCCUACUCGGAGGAGUUGUCCCGCCCCUGUCGCAUCCAUCGCUGGCGAGUCCUGCUGGGCAAGGAUCCGCGCCGCUUCGAGUUGAUCCGCAAGAUUCAACAGCUGCUGAAGCGCAACAUUCGGCUAUCCGUGGAACGGGAAAACAAGGCCAAGCAGCUGGCCGAAUUGGAGCACGUUCACGAGGAGUUCAAGCGCCAGAUGGCGAAUCUCCCCGAUCCGAGUGUGCGCCAGAAGCUCUGCAUCCAGCAGCGCAUCAAUCGCCGCCAGACCCGCCAACUCAAGGCCAUGAAAGCUGAGCUCAGGAUCAACGAGAUCGACCUCAAGACCAGGGAGCACCUGAUAGACGGCUUCCAGGAGCAACUGCGCCUGCAUCAUCUGGAGAACAAGAAGAACUUCAAUGGCAGGGGGGAUUUCUCGAUUCGCGAUGGUAAGGCGACCGAGGAUGAAUUUACGGAACAGGUGUUCGACAUGUCUGCCACCUGCGAAAGUUAAUCUCCACAAGCUGGAUGAUGGUAUCCACAUAUAUGUACAUAUGGAGGACAGCCUCCAACUUCGAUAGGGUAUCUUUUUCACUUUCAGAAUAUUAAAGAAAACAUUA